AACAAGAUUCCAAGUUUUAAAGAAGAAUUGCUAAUUCCGAUUCAGAUCAUUGACGCCGUUUCCCACCGCUCUUCCGAGUUCGCACUGAAAUUUCCUCCUCCACCGCCGCCGCCGUCCAAUGUCGUCUCCGGGCGAGUACUACCUUUCCCUUCCACCGAUCAUCAGGGCUUAUGGCACCGCGUGCCUGGCGGUUACUACAGUCUGUUCGCUCCAGCUGCUUCAUCCGGCGUAUAUAGCAUUGAUAUAUGAAGACGUGUUCUACCGGUUACAGGUGUGGAGGCUUUUUACUAGCUUCUUCUUCCUUGGGAAAUUCUCCAUCAAUUUUGGUAUUCGCCUCUUGAUGAUAGCAAGGUAUGGUGUUCAACUGGAGCAGGCAACAUUUGACAGGCGUACCGCUGAUUUUCUCUGGAUGAUGAUCUUUGGAGGCUUGACGCUUCUGGGUCUGUCUGCUAUCCCUUUUCUGUGGAACCCUUUCUUGGGCAUUUCACUUGUGUUCAUGCUGCUUUAUGUCUGGAGUAGGGAGUUCCCAAAUGCUCAAAUCAACAUGUAUGGCCUGGUGACCUUUAAGGCAUUUUAUCUACCCUGGACCAUGCUUGCCCUUGAUGUUAUUUUCGGGUCUCCAAUUUUGCCCGACCUUCUGGGGAUCAUCGCCGGUCAUUUGUACUACUUCCUAACGGUGUUGCACCCACUCUCAACUGGGAGAACCUAUCUGAAGACCCCUAGAUGGGUGUAUCCUUUUACAUUGCUUCCUUCCGUAGUUGUAUUAUAUAUAUCUAAUAAUUCAUCUCAAGAGUUUGAAUAAUCUACAUCGACUGCUAUAUGCUAUGACUUUUCCUAAGCUGUUUAUAGACAGAAGCUGGUGAGAAGAUACAGAAUAGGAGCACCAGCACAAGUGAACUCCCGAGCGGCGGUGCAGCCUGAGCAGCAGCCUGGCACUGGAACAGCCUUCAGGGGAAGAUCCUAUAGACUGAGUGAUUAGUGGGCAUGGUUAAUCUUUCCUCACCAUUUUGUUCAGAAUGUUGAUACAGAAACUAACCAAGGAAGAAAGUUAUAAAGAGACUUGAAAAAGGAGUUAUGCUGGGUAGAGGUUGUUGGUGUUGAAGAGAAUCAAUCUGCUCGUUUAUGUUCCUUCACGACUAGCGCUGGGUGGCGUUUUGAUGUAUCGUCUGUGUUUUUUUUUUUCCACCUGGCCCGAAUCCAUACUUUGUAUAAACAGAGAGAGAUGAAGUAGUUUAACAUUUGUUGGCAGAUUGGCUUUCUUUUCAAUGCCUGCAUUACCACUCUGGUUGUAGACAUUUGGAAAUGUGUUACUGUUGUAUUGAGCUAUAGUUUCUCUUGAAAAUCAUUGUAACAUUCCGAACUUUUUCCCGACAAGAUAUUGUCCGCUUUGGGCCUUUACAGCUACACGAAUUUCGAUUUGGGGUGCAAUUCAAGGUGACUUCUCAUAAGGUCACCCAUUCUUGUUGUACUUCACACUGAGCACGUUUAACUUCGGAGUUCUCGCAAGAACUUCUCUAUUACAUGCCAAAACACGUCUGUCAGUUAAGGUCGAUUUCUUACUUAUGAACCAUGGAUCUCUCUCGUGCUUUGUCGAUGUGGGACUCGCCUAAGGUGUUACAAACAUUUUCUGAGAUCGGCAUGUAAAUAUCUCUUUGAUCUCUAUCAAUUCAAUUUUAGA